ACAGAAUGGUCACUUUUCUGUGGUAAACAGUUCGAAAUCAAACUUCGUUAACUAACCUCACAAAGCUACAGGGAGCCGGGUUUCGUUUUGUUCAAAAUCGUGUUCUCAUUUCUAGUUAACGCCUUCCAUUGACAAAAAUCUGUCGCCUUAUCAUAUAAUAAUACAUUUCAUUAAUACUGUUUCUUCAAUUCCGCAAUACGAGCAUUGAACAGCCCGGACAAUGUAGUGAGAUUUCCUGCGGUCAAGAGUGGGUCGAUAUCACGGGACUUAUACAAGUCAUGAAACGCUUGAAGCUUUGAAUUUGCAUCAGAUGUAUUGCAUCUUCAGUUAAUUUGCGUGUGCAUCGAUCGUUUGUUGACGGAGAGGUUACAAGGCGGUUUGAUGAGAACUCGAUCGUACAAUGAAAAAUGUACGUACCUAGUCAAGGUCCUUUAGAUGCAACCGCUAUCGUCGGAUGCGCGAUAUCUUUAUUUUUCUGCGUGGUUUCUGUCGUUGCUUUCAUAUUCUUCAGGUGAGAUUUGUUUGUUUUUAAAAUUUUACACUCCAGAUAGUCCAGCUCUCCGCCCUAGAAGCCUUUUGAGUGAUUUAUUAAUGUAAUUCCCAGUAAGAAAAACGUUUUACUGAACAUAUUAUAAUAGUUUUGAAUAUCUUCAUGCAUAAAAACGGACAUUUAGCUAGGGACAUACACUACUUUUUAACAACACAAUUUAUGCGAUCAGCUAUGACAUAUUUGAAAUGAAAUAUUGAAUGUUACGAAAUUUUGAUGAGUAUUUGUACUUGGAUUUGUUAGAGUUCAGUUGUAAUGUCUACUUUUAAGAUCAGUGUCUAAAUUUGGUCCAGCAAGACCCCUUGCUUUUUAAGCAACCAGUCAAAAUAAAGUUUGUAACGUGUGAAAGUUUUCCGCUGUUUCAAGUCGCAACCAUUACUUGUUUCGAUAGCAAUUCAACAUCAUUGUUUAUGCUAAAGAUAAAGUUUUUACUAGCUUUUAGACGUCACAACUACUGACUAAUCAUUUUCGAAUAAAACAGACGACAAUUUUUUAGUUUCAUCCUGUUUCUGCCAUGAGCAGAGUAAAUAACAUGUCUGAAAUAACAAUUGCAACGUUCAAAACACGCAAUGUCUUAAACAUAAUUUUCAAUUCACCACAAAAACUGAAAUAUUGUUAUUGGCAACUAUCGAAUUGAAGUAUCACACUAGCAAAAACUUUACUCCCUUUUGGGGCAAACUUUGUUACGCUUAACCAAAACAAAACGUGAGCUUUUCCUGAUGUUUUUUCCCUUUCCGACAUUUAUUCUUGAAAAUGAAAGCGGAGGAUUUAGUGUCCGAAAAAAAUUGAGUUCUCAGCCCUCCACUGACUACAUCAUACACAAUGUAUACACCUAAUAUUCAAACCGCUGUCGAUUUUCUGUAACGAGUAUUAAAUAUAUUUUCACUUCGACUAUUGAACGUUUAUUCGCAGCAUUGUCUUCAAACACUCUUAAUGUUUCCCCCCAUUUUCUGAAAUAAAACCAAAUGAAAGCCGUGCCAUUUAACAGAUAUAAACGCUCGUUUGGUAUUUUUUUACGCAGGCAAGCUAUAAAAGAGGUUAAAAUUAAAGCGGUGAGCUAGAUCGUUCAGUAACCUAAACAAUACUUCGGCUCAACACCAAUUAUUUGUAAAACAGCUUUAGAUCACAAAGCAAAUUAUACAAUGUUUUAUUUCUAGCGUCAAAAUCGGUUGUUGCGAGGCAAGGAAAGUAUAAACUGAUCUACAAUUUUCUAUUCUGUAAAUUUCCGCGUUUCCUCAUUAUCUUUAUAAACACUGGAGGAAAUAUCUAAUUUGUACGGAAAACUCUUUGUGAAAGCAUACCCCGGCGAGGCAAUAAACAUAUGAACGCAACUCCGUGAAGGGAAUAAUCGGCGAAGUUCUCAGCGCUGUAUUUAAGCUUAAAGCGGGUGAACACGGCAGAAAAAUUAGCAUUCGAUUAUCUUUUUUAUUUUUGUUUAUUUAUUGUUAACUUUUGAGCUAAUUGAAGACGUUGACGCUACAGAAUAAUCGCUUGAAAAUGUCCCGAAUAAAUUUGGUUUUAACGAUUGCAGACAUAUUUAAGAAAUUUGCUUAGGAGAAAGAAGAUUAUAUUAUUAAUUUGCCAAUGAGCUUUCGGCUCGGAAAUGGUCAGUCUAUGAGGCGAUACGGGCGAUGAUCAACUACUUCUCCUUUUAAUCCAUCUUUAAUAUUCAGUCUUACCGCUUGCAACUUCUGAUUCCGAUAAAUUGACCACCCGGAGAGACAAAAAAUGCAUCUGCCAAAAGUCCGAAAAAGUGAAAAAUAGAGCUCUGACUUUUUAAUUUGCCAGAAUAUAACCAAAUUUUGCGUUUGUCCCAAUUCCUCGUAAACGUUUCGAAACGCUACAAAUUUUAUUGUUUACUCGAUUCAUGAUUGACGGUCUUUUAUUGACGCUUCAAAAGAGUUCAAAAGAUUCUUGAAAUGGAAGAAGAUCACUUCACAACAUAAUCACUGUUGUUUUUUUAUCCUGAAUAAAUCAGUUGGGCAUUCAUAUGCAUGCUCCGGCCCUUGAAGCUCAGACCGGAUGUCAAAAAACAGAUGGAUCGACGUAUCGUUAUCUUACUCGGAAACUGCAUAUUACGCUGUUCAUCUUCAGACUCGAAGUAAACGUUAAAAUCGCCAUGGAAAGCAUUAGUGAUAAACAAUAUUCCAAGUAAGCACUGCUCUGUAGAAACUGCAGUUCAAUUAGACCCAAAUGAAAACUCAAGAACCGCCUCAUUUGUAAAAAAAUGUAUUAUUCAAAUCUUGAAUAGUCACUGAGUGGUUGGACUCAUUACACAUACGUCCAUCUCCUAUGAACUUUGUAGAUCUAUGAAAAAGGGAAAUCUUAAUUAAACGAAUACAGUGAUCACCCGGAGCCUAUUGAAAUACAUUUCACAGCUUACGAUUUUGUAAAAUCGGUUUUGAAACCUCUUUCAACUUGAAAAUAUACCGGAACAGGAUAGGAACGCAAAAAUGCAGUUUUCAAGUUUGUUUUUUGUUGGUUUAAUUAUAUUUUUUGCAGUGGUCUAUUAAUAAAACUUUAGAUCGAAAUUCGUCCGUCUUCCUUAACAUACAUUGUACGACUCUACGGCGAAGAUUAUGACAUUCACCUGGAAGGUUUAAAUUUACAUGCAAAUAAAAACUUAUUGUUUUGAUUCUUUUCAAUAGUGGGAAGUGUUUCAAAAAGCGAUGAAUCAAAUUAAAUACUCGACAGGGAAUUAAUUUAUCAAAGUCCAAUGACUGUGGGAUUUAUCUCUAUGGAAACCGGAUAGGCCUUUUGCAGUAGAUCAUGGUUACCUGAUGACUUUCCGUAAACACAAUUACAAUGAUGUUGAAAAAAAUGAUUUUAGCCGGAACUAUAAGAGCAUAUAAAACAGUAAAUAUCCUGUAAAUUUCAGGCAUAUAUCUCGAACCGAAAAUAAAAAGGACUCGUACAGGAAAAACAACUCUUGCCACCCUGAGUCACUGUCAAGUGGUCUCUGUACAAAUCCUUGUAUGGGCUCAAAGACAAAAAAAAAUGAGCCCCGGAAUGCGUACAGGAAAGAUGUAAUGACAGGGUAAAAAAUUUCAAAAUUUUCAAGGAUUUGGAUGAACAACCUCGUUCCCAGGGUUCUCUCCUACCCGUCCCACUCUCUCUCGCACCGUAGGAACGAGGUUGUCGGAUGAAAAAUCAUUCAACCGUGUUUGAGGGGCAAGAAUUGUUGUUUUUUUUUUAAGAGGAAGAUUUGCCGAAAAACGAAGGUUAAAAAAUCUUUGAAAAGAAUUCUAAACAAUAAGCAGUAUACUCAGCAUAAUUUAGCAGAUACUGUUAGAAAAGAGUGAUUUAGUUGCUUUUUUAUUUGAAGCUGUCAAUGAAAGUUGUAUUUUGAAUUUCAAAACAAAGUUUUACACGUGGAGGCCCCUCCCCGAUGGCCAACCCUUAACUCUUUUAUAGACCAAUUGGGCAGAAAGAGUACCCGUUUCCAUAGUUAGUAGAGAAGACUGGCUUUGAAAGGCAGCAAACAUCAAUUGUAAAAACAGCGGCGCCGCGGUUUUAUGUUGAGUGCUCCCUGAAUGUGCAUAAUUCUUUGUCUUUUGUUCACGAAUUGUGAAGGAAUAAAUUAAUGCGACAUUUAUAUUGGUCGGUAAGAUCAAAAUGAUAGGAAUGCUAUAGAUCAUUCGAGAGACGGAAAGGCUUCACAGCCAUUCCAGUCGAUGAAAUAUGUUCUUUCUUAAACCUUACAUUUAAAAAUGGCACCCUUUUUACAUACCCACCUAAAGCCCCGUGCAAACAGACGCAACAUUGUUUGCCAACAACUCCCAACAUUGUUAGAUGUUACAUGUUGCGUCCGUUUGCACACCCUGUUGCAUGUUGUUGGAUAUUGUUGCGUGUUGUUGCGCAAAGUUUGAAACCGGUCAAACUUUUCAGCUAACAACUUCCAACAUUUCUUUUGCUCCGUGAUCGCCGAAGCGUAGCGCAACAACGUUGGAUCCGUUUGCACAGCUCUUCCAACAUUGUUGGGGCCACGCACGCUCAUUACACAUGGUUUACAAAGACUUAUGGGUUGUAUCCUUCCCACGAUGCACUGCAGGUCCCAACAUUGUUGGGAGUUGUUGCAUCCGUUAGCAAACCACUGCCAACACGCACGCAACAACUCCCAAAAUUGUUGGCGCAACAAUGCUGGGAGUUGUUGCGUCCGUUUGCACGCAGCCUAAGAACUUGGAAUCACUUGCUUACUAGUAACGCUUACCAGUAGAUCUUGUGCUUGCGCAUUGCGCAUUGAAACUUGGAAUGAAACAAUAUUACGUAAGAUCACAACGAAAAUUAAACGAUAAAGCCUCAAGGUGUGUUUGUUCAAAUUGUUUUAAGUCAAACAUGAAAGGUUUUUUUGAAUACCCAAAUGAUUUGAAAUACCUAAAUGGUAUUCUUGCCUUUCAUAUUCUUCAGCUCGUCAUAUCCCUAUCUUUUUAAACACUGAAGCCUGAAAAAGAUACCCUUCCAGGGGGAGCCUCCCCGCAGUAGGAGUUAUAGUACCCUCCAGGACUGAUGGAAACCAGAAUCUGAUCCAAUAUACUCUAUUUCCUUAAAUCAUUGUUUGUUAUUACUCACUUUUUGUGUUGUGUAUUUGACAGACCAAGGACGGAGGCGUUUUUGAUAAAACAACACCUAGUCUACGCUGUGGGACUUACGCAAAUUGUUCUUCUUGUCAGUAUAGGAGCCUACGAAAAGAAGGUUAGUUUUCCAGCCGAAUUCAGUUUAGUUCAGUUCUUAAUUAGCUUAAGAAGAAAAUUAAUUCGAGUCUGGCGGCAAGGUUUCACCACCGGGGACUCACAUCCGGGAUUAUUAUAAAUGAAUGAAUCUAUUUCCUUGUCUUGACGGACAUAAUUUGAAUUAUGGGUUCAGCUAAAGCAAGGUCUGGAAACGAAAAUUCUCGCGAAACCUAUCGGAUCUCGUUUAUACAUGGUCGGUAAUGGGUCGGUAAGUGAAUGGAUCUUCGAGAAUUUUCGAAAUUUCCGAUUGUCCCGGAUCCCCCAAAAUUUCUCGGUUCCAGAUCGCACAGCAGCCAACCGAAAAAUAUAAAAUGGCCACCAAAGAAAACACAUGCCAUCCUUGAGUCAUUUAGAGUUGCCAGGUAAUCCAAAUUCCGGAAUCCUUGAAAUUUUUGCCUGCGGAAUCUGGAAUCGGGAAAGUCUUUGCUAAAAAAAUCUGAAUUCUUGGGCAUUCAGCUCAUCAGGGAAUCCGUGAUCCCACUAACGAUCGGAAUCCGGAAUCCAUUAGUUUCUCUGACAAGAAAUCCGUAAUCCAGUGCUGACUGGAAAUUGGAAUCAAAGACUGCCUUGGAUUUAAAUUGAUGGAUACAAUGUAGGGCCAUAAAGAGAGUCUUCUCGUAGACCAUUUCAAUUACAAAACACGAAGACAUAAUUAAUUGCCUGUUGUAUGGAUAUAGUAUGGACAGUCUAUAGUAUGUCUUGUAACUUAUAAUUUGUAAUUAGUAUUGUAAUAGAGAGGAGAAGUCGUUGCGUCACGUUGCCAUGGUAGCAAAAUUUCUGGAUGACAACAAACCAAAACAUCACUUAAAAAGUGGAUUAGCACUGUUUCAAACUUCAUCGAUCCUAUUUAAUUUCAUUUAAUUUGUCAAAUGUUGGCGAAAUUUUCUGGGUUAAAUUAGGAAGUUUCAUGUUGCAGUCGUGCAACAACAGCUAAGAAAUGUACAGGAAAGCUUGAUGCACGUGCAAAGUUGUUGUUGUUGUUGUUUUUUGCACAUCUAAACCUAUUGUCAGUUUUCUUUUGCUGUUUGCCGUCGCCAUUGCAAAACUCCCUAUUGUUGAGAUCCAGAAAUUUUUCUACCAUGGUAGCGUGACGUCACUCUUCUCCUCUCUAUUAAAUUGUAAUUUGUUUACCCACGGCUUUAAACGUAUCCGUGUGUUCCAGAUCGAAUUGAAAUUUGAGGAGAGGGGGAAAACCGAUGAUGAAUCUGGAGAAAAAACUUUCAGAGCAAGGGAGAGAGCAAACAACAAACUCAACCCACAUCAUGGCGUCGACGGCAGGAUACGUGAUUGCUCUCACCACUGCGCCACCCUUGCUCCCCAUCAAAGGCAUCAAAACUAUUAACAGUAUAGCCUGCAAACAAACAUUUGGGGGACUGUCGGGAGAAGUCACGCGAGAGCCGCACGCGAAAGGAGACGCUGUUGUGAAGGGUGAGGAAAGAAAGCGGCUUCGUUGCUGGCUCGCGCGUUUCCUCUCGGCUUGCUUCGCUUAUCAUAAUUGGAGCUAUUAACAGUGCUUCGAAGCUAGUAAAAGUGUUUAUAGCAACGUUUUUUCCUUUCCAUCCCAGGAAGGAUGCCAGGCAAUAUCAGUGGUACUUCAUUAUUCCGCGUUGUCUUGUUUUACUUGGUGUUUAGUGGACAGUUUGUAUUUGUAUUUCAAUCAUACAAACAGCGCUAAUCCAUUGAGGAGAAACGUCUUUUAUCUGUUGCUCGGCUGGGGUGAGUUUCUUGAUUUCCUGUCUUCUACAAAAUCUAUUUAUUUCGUGCGGUAGUGUAUAAACUCUGUUUGAAUAGAGUGGGCGGUUUUUCUUUCAGGAAGACCCAACAUGACAUUUUUUUUUUAGCGUAUUGAUGAUAUUUCUUGGCCUCUUAAUGAAAAACGAAGAUAUAUUAUGACAGCACCACAAGUGAAAGAGCGAAUGGAUGAUACAGUUACUCAAAACAAACAAACGAACGAACGAAUGAAUAAAUGAACUAACGAACGAACGACUCGAAACAAAAAAAACUAACGAACGAACGAACGAACGAACGAAUGAAUGAAUGAAUGAACGAAUGAAUGAAUGAGUGAGUGAAUGAGUAAUUGAAUGAAUGAACUACCGAACCUACGGGCUUUCCACAUAUUGCUCGAGAUUCUCCAAAAAGUUUCCCGUUAUUUCUCAAAAAGUUGCUCAAAUGUUGCUCAAAAAACAAUCAGAAGUUGCUUUUUGUAACGAAAGUUGCUCAAAAGUUGCUCGAAAAGACAAAAACUUUUUUUGGUCUGAUGCUAAAAUAUGUAAAUUGUACAACAAAAGUAAGAUUUCUAAGCAUUUUUGUGCAAUUUUGCGACGUAACCAGCGUUGCUAAAUAACUUUGCUCUCAUUUAAAACCAAAAAAUGUAAUGAGCCGAUAAAAUUGUUAAAUAACCCGGCUUCUUCACCCGAGACACUCAAGUCAGUCGAGUGUGAAUCUUCGUCCACCAUAACGUCCACCAUUUUGAAUUUUCAGUCUCUAAAAACCUCUGACGAAGGAGCCCGGCUACUUUUAUCUUGCGCCUUGAUCUGCCCCACGGGGGUAGGGGGAGUAUUUGGCUCCUUUUCUUACAGGAAAUUCAUAAAUUGUCUACUAAAACACGUAACUGACACGGAAGAAAGGCCAAUUUAAGCACUAAUAGCUGCUCCGAUAUAUCAUAAUUGGAACAUAACUAGAGAAAUUGCUCAGAAUGCAAAAAAUUGCUCGAAACGAAAAAAGUUGCAAAAAAUACGAGAAGCUGCCAAAAAUUUGCCGAGCAACUUGCAGAAAGCCCUAACCAAACGUGUUUUGAAUAGUUGGAUAAAAUGCUUACGUACAGUCUUUCUUGAAACCUAGCUUUUAAUCCCGAUUUUCUUAUCGUUUUUGUGUUAAAAAUCUUUCUAGGUUUUCCAUUAAUAGUUUUAGGAAUGUCUUUAGCGAUUGGAUUCACUACCUCAAGUAAUAGCGAAGGAACAGUGUGAGUAUCUCGAGCUUAGUCACCUCAUUACCUUGUAAUUGAAUGGCUCAUCUUUGCGGGGGGGAGCGGCGGGGGCGGGGGGUGUAAUUCCAUAAAUUUCGGAUAGGUUUGUGCCGCCCAGGGUCGCAUUGCAAAAAACAUCUUAAGAUUAAAAAAACUCGUAACUAUUAUUUCAAAACAAUAAGUUUUGUUCCCGAAAAAUGGUUAAGAGCCCUUGUGAAUUAAGAAAGUUUUAUGUAACCCUGUAGAGGGACCCUAUUUAAGGAUGAAGUAAACGAAAAUUGAUACCCUUUUUAAGGCCCAAACCCGAAAAAUCGCACCUUUUUCAAGGAAAGACAAAAACUAAAAAUUUGUGGCAACACACCAACCUAUAAGGAGCAUUCUUAAUACAAAUUAGAGAUGAUUUGUUUUUCGUGCAGGUGGGCAUUUACGCUUUGAAUUUUAGCUGAUACAAAGUUAGGUGCCCCAAAUAAGGAUCACGCAGGGAACAGCAAGGGCGAAAAUGAUACCCUAUUUAACCAUGAAGCCAAUACUACAAUGGGUGUAAUCCCCGCUCCCCGCUUCCCCGCUUCCCCGCUGACUUUCACUUUCGUGUUUGCUUCAUUACUGACAGUUUUACCAGGGUAGAAGGGUAUUCUUGGAAUACCCGCCGGAUUUGACCGAAAUACAGUGCUGGAAAGAGAGGAAAACGCAAAAUGUCUUGACGGGAUAGGGAUUUGACCACUACAAAGGAAACGGAAUUCGCCAAACUGUUGACACGGGCUGCGCUGUUGGGAAAGAGAGCGGUAUUCGGGAUAGAGAUAACUGAAAUUCGGGAUAUGACGAGGGACUGUCGUGAAUUAGGGAAUGCGGGUUCAGGUUCCCCCCUCCCAGACCCUUGUUUAACUAUGACCUUGACACUUAAUCAAUAUCACUAAAUUUUGUCAGCAUUUUAUUCAGAACUUAGCAGUAUUCGAUUGUUCUUCUUUGAUGACAUGACCAUACAAAAACCAACGGCUGUUUGUAAUGGUUUUCUUUCAGUUUAUCGCUUUAUGAGUGUUGGGAUUCAGAUCAUAUUGUGUGGACCUUCGUUGUUCCAGCUCUUCUCAUUGCCACGGUAAUAGUUAUGUAUUCUUUGAAUGAUUUGUUUUGCUUGUUGGAAAGUUCUUGCGCAACCUUGUCACCGAAGCUUUUCCAUUAGAAAGUGAGAGGGGCUGGAAAAGACCUUGGCAUCGACUGGUCACGUGUGCCCCCAAUAGGUCCCAAUACACCCUAAAAUCAAACUACAGUUAAACCUCUCUAAAACGGCCACCUUAGGGACAGAAGAAAGCGGCCAUGGUAGAGAGGUGGCCAUUGCAGAGAAGUGGCCAUCGUAGAGAGAUUUAAACAAGAGUCGAUAUAUGGACUCUUUGCCAAAAAAGUAUCUGUUGUAGAGAAGUAGCCGUUUAGGGGAGGUAGCCGUUAAUGGAAGUUCGACUGUAUGCGUCACCUCAUAGAGCGCGAUAUCAGGCCGCCUCUUCCCGCCCCGCCCUUUUUCUGAGAGAAUCGCCCUAGGGACUAGGCUGGUUCUUGCUUUUACGGACUUCAGUUUUUUUUUACCCAGGCUUUUAUAAUUUCAUUUUUGUAGCUCAACUUGAUGGUCUUGUGCGUGACACUUCAUCAUCUAAGACAACCUUCAUAUGACAUCUGCGCCAGAGCUGUAGUAGAAAAACGAUGUACAAGGUAAAACCCCAAGCCUGAAGCCUUUCAUUAUACUUACGAAAACAAAUAGUUAGUAAUAGAGAUGGAAGUCUGAGGAAACCGACAUUCAGGCGGAAACUAAAUAACGUCUCCAGGACGACGUGUCCUAUUAAAACGCCCAAAAUGACUACGUUGCCUGCCGGAUGGAAACACAGUGUUAUAAUUCUUUACAAAUAUUACAACACUUAUCAACAUAAUCCAUAUAAGUAGAUUUUAUGGCGAAAAUGGAAUACAAAGCACAAUUUUAAUUUCUUGUGAUAAGGCUCUCUUUUUAGGAGGAGGGCGAAAAAUCGCGAGAAGAAGGUGAAGGGGAAAAGGGGGAGUUGUUCCUCCGUUUUAAUCGGCCAAAUUUAGUCCCAAAGAAGGCUUGGAUAUUCAAAGGCGAAUUAAUGAUCUUAAAAGGUGGAACGGCUAUAAGCAAGAAGCCAAAUCACUGCUUUAGUUGAUGAAAAAAAUUUUUGGGAAGGAGGCAAAAGUACGCUUCCAAUGAAAAAGACAUACUCUGUAUGAAUAGAAAAAUGCGAAACGAUGCUAGGUGAACAAAGUGCUUCCCUCUUUCGCCCUCUUUUGUUUCGAACAGGUAUGGCCUAAGGACCAAUAGCCUUAUGCUACUCGGCCUUUGCCUCGGCUGGAUUUUUGGCAUUCUUUCCUUCCAUAAGGAUAAAGACGUAGUUUUUCAACUGUCUUUUGGAAUUGUUAACGGUUUACAGGUUGGUAUUUUCUCCAAUAUUGUGUACAUACACAAAGUUAUUUCGCGAAUGAAUUCAUGAUGCAAUUUCAAACCAAAUGACGUCAUCACAGCAGGUGAAAAAGCUUUGUCUUUAGGUUUCUGGUAUUUGUCCUUUCCUUCCAACACUAAAGGCCAUGAAUUUGAUUUGCUAGAAAAGCCUCUCUCCUUUAUGCUAACCUGAGAAAACAGCUGACACCACUGGUUUCCCGGCGAAAUGAGGUCUGAGAAACAAGCGCAGAAAUUCCAUACUGAUGAGGCAUCACUACCCAGAACUGGGUAACGCUUCUGAUUGGUCAUACACUGAGGUAAAUUUGCUUCAGCCAAUCAGAAGCACUACCCAGAUCUGGAUAAUGACACGUCGUCAGUAUGGAAUUUCAGAGCUCGUUUCUCAGACGUCAUUUCGAGGGGAAACCCGCUGAGUGAUGGCGCCGUGAAAUGUCGACUGUUUUCUCAAGCUACCUUUAUGUUGACAAAUUAGUUUUUUAACUGCCAUCAAAUUUUCUUGUUUCCGUUCUAGGGGAUAUUUUUGUUCUUUUUUCACUGUGUUCUAAACAUUGACGUAAGUACAGCUUUCGUGUAUUGCCCUCUUCCUAGAAAGACCUCAGUAUGUUAAAUCUAGAAUUGUUUAAACUAAAAACAUAUAAGAUGGCCUACGGGUAUUCAGUAUGGCGUAAUAGGUUGCUAUAGCAGCACUUAAUCCAGUGUUAAACAUCCUUAAUUUUAGUUUUAACUUCUCAUUUUUCAUUGAAUUGUAAUUGGUAUGUUAAAUAAAUCUUUAUGAAAAAUCUUAGAGAUAGUUCAGAGCCACCGUAAUUUUCUUAAGACUUACUUGGUGAGAUUUAGCAUAUCUUAAACUUUAUUACCAGAUCAAAGCUUACUACCAAUCAGGAGUUCAUCGCUGUAGCCAUGAAGAUGGCUGUUUGACUGACAGAGAACGUAGCAGACGGGUCAAUGCGCAAGCACAAGAUCCGGUAAGCACGUGAUAAUCACAUGGGUGUAUAACAAUGUGAAAGCGUUUCACUCUCCGAACCAUAACAAGUAACAUCGGUAACUUCAAGUUAUGUACAUUCAACUCUCUCUUAACGGACAACACGGUAAGACGGGCACCGAGAGGGUUGGUCCUUGCUGUCUUUUAGUUACACCGUAGCCUUUUUUGUAUUUUCUAUAAGGCGAAUAUUCCUGUAAGACGGACAUUUAAUACCGGUUAAUACUGUGUCCGUCCCAGAGAGAAUCCCGGGGCUACUCGACCAAGAAGGGAGAGCUGGGGAUUCAUUCUCCAGUUCUCGCAGCUAACUUGGAGCUUGAAACAGGCCCCAGUCGCAGGGUAUGCAGAAUCUACGGAGUCCGCGGGUAGUCCCGAAACACGACUCGCCUUUUCCCUGGGAAUGGAUAUGGACCGGGGUGGUGCGUACUCAAGUAGUUGAUCGUAUGCAAACAAAAGGUAAAAAGAGUAAGUGCGCAUGAUCGUCGCACACUGCUAUUAGACCUCACGUUUCUAUGGCCUUUUUAGACAGGAUCUCGCAGAAAGAUAAGCACCAGGAGCCACGCCCAGGACAACAUCCCAUUGAUUUCAGUAAGAGCACAGAGCAGUAGUAACCAGGUGAGAUACACGCCUACAUACCAGAAAGAGGGAAUUAUGCUAAAGAACACAGGUUAACGAGCUAAUUGAAGACGAAAGACGUAGUGGAGGAAAAAUUAUUGUCUAAGGAAACUGCACGACGCAAAGGCUCAAACACGAACCUCAAUCCGAAUUCUCACUUCCACAUACAAUGAAUUUUCAAAAACUAACUGCAAAAAUAGGGCGCACAGAAAUACGGAGUCUACGGGAAAAGGAUUAAGAAAGUAGUGAAGUUCUUGCAAAGAGAUUUAUAACGGCCAGAAAUAAGCAAUUUCAUCUGAGACAGGUUUAAGAAAGGGUUUAAAAGGGUCCAUGGUAUCAUGGUAAUGCAUUAGGAACGAACCAAGCUGAUGAAAGGCGCUGAGGCACAGAACCGCAAGAACCUUCUUAACAUUUACUCACAUAGCGUGCUCACUGAUUUGACAAGAAAACUUUUAAUGGCGGUCUAUGGUAAAAGGGAUUCUGGUUUCACCCCUUGUAAAAGAAUCCAAGACAGCCUUGGAUUCUGGAUUCCGGAUUCCAGGUACUGGGAAACGGAUUUUCUUUCAGUGGAACGUGGAUUCCGGAUCUUAAUCGUUAGUGGGAUUCCGGAUUCCUGAGUUGUAUUCCGCAUUCCAAAACCUAGGAUUCAGGAUUCUACAGCAAAAAGGAGUUGUCGAAUAAUCCCACUUAGCCACGAGAGUUGAUCCUUCGACGUGUCAGUCUGGGUUAAUUGAUUACAUUUAUAUGAUACCAGAUCAGCUCUCGUACUUUGACUGAUGUAGUUAUUAAAUUUCGAUCCUGCUCGCCAUAGAGCCUCCAGUAGCUCAGUAGUUAGAUCAUCCGAUCUAGAACUCGGAGGGCCACCUGGAGCUCGGAAUUUUUCUGAGCUUUCUGGCCGUUAGAAUUCUCCUUCCUCCAAACAACUCAUGCUCAGGAGAAGAGUAUUAAUGUGUGCUCGCUCUAAGCUGUCUGUGGCACCAGAGAUUAUAGUUUACUCUUUCAUUCCCGUUAGGACGAAAACUCGGCUGUUUCCCCACUCACUGCACCAAAAGCAGAGCCUCAGCCACUAGAGGUUACAGUUGAGUCAAAGAGGGAAUCGCCACCAGUGGAGGAGGAGGCAGCGAUGGAGAGAGCCCCAUCCAAACCUGAUCACGAUGCUUAUCCCAGUCUUCCAGGGACACCCGAGCCGCACAUAUCUGAAUUUGAAGUGAAGCAACCAAAACGACAGAGCACGCCACCUGAUCAGCUUGUGAGCAAAAGGGCCAAAGAGGUAACUUAAGAGUUUCCGCAGCAACCCAAUCCAUUUGAGAAUAUUCACUAUGGUCGACUUAGAUUUUUUUGAAUAUGAAAUCCAUUUUUACCACCUUAAAAGUUAGAGCCACCUUGCACUUCAUAAUAAAUAGCGCGACAGGAAAAUACUGCUCAGUACAGCUUUUAUCUGACCCUAUUUAGUUUCCAAGUGAUAAGGAGGGAUGCCAAAGAUAUGGCCCACGGCCUAAAGUCACCGCGUAAUGGCGGGAUCAUCUGCACCGCCGGGUCUUACCUCACGAUUAUUACCCGGCCAGGUUUCAAACCCGUGACCUUCCGGCCGCUUGGCAGGCAGCAGGCACUGAAUACUGAUCACUGCGCUAACCAUGAAAAAGGCAGCAGAUUACGUGUUGUUAUAUCGGGGCGUCACAUCUGUGACAUUCUUCUCCAUUUUUUCCUACAAGGUGGAGGGAAUAGAUAGAAGAUCAGCGACUCCAACCAGCUUAUCAAACUACAAGCCGCUUGCUGACGACAGAACUGAAAACUAUCCCCCUUCUCAUCCAGCUGAAAACUUGAGAGUAAGUAUGAUAUCGCUUUUCCAGUUACUCCAGUGAAAAUACGGAGAUUUACGUCCUUCUGGUUAAUGUUGCAUAUACAGCUGCUUUAAUAAUAUUAAAGUUGUUGAAUUUUACUAAGGGCUCAAUCCUACGCCUCACGACGGCAUGUUCAUGUGGAAGCUGUAAACCCUUUGUUGUUGGGUCACAACUUGGCGGUUGUAAAACGGCUAUAGAAUCGUAUGAAAUAACAAAGGCUUUUCUUUGCGAUUUAAUUUAUAACGGAACAGUUGCUUCACAACUGAUGUUGAUAAUUUUUUUUUUCUGAAGAAAACCGUAUUGCUAAGUGACCUCAUAACGUACAGGGGCACCCAACGACAAUUUUCGGAAAAUAUCUUUCGGAAGACGAUUUGAGAUCUAGAAUUUUCAGAACAUUUUUUGCAAAAUUUCUUGUUAGUCUGCCUCUCCUAGGAUUUUCGAACAUCUAUUUUUAACGGAUGUUUACCCUAAAAAGGUCACCUACAAUUUUCGGGAGCCUUUUUUCCGGCUGAAAUUUUCCAAAAGGUAAGGUUUGAUCCCUAUAAUUUUCGAGUCACUAGACUUUCAGCUAGGAAAUUCGAACAGAUGAAAAAUUUUUAGGGGAUAAAAAUAUGCCUAUAUCUACCGUGUAAAUACUAAAAUACGUUUGACAAUGCUAUGUUUAAGUGGUUUUGAAUUAUAUUCUCGUUGGGUGCCCCUGAAAGUAGGCUUUCCGACAACGUUAAUAGUUCUGUAUACCCGGGAGGGGGGUUACCUCCUACUAAUAGGCUAAUGAGGUUGUGCCGCUGGAUGGGGUCGCAUUUUCACGACUGGAUUGACUAUAAUGGGGUUGCAUUUUUCAUAGAGUUACUAAAAUGGGGUCGCUCAUUCUCGGGAUUUUUGGGGUAAGAAAAUUUUGGUAAGUAGGGAUUUAAAAACGAGAGACUUUUACUAAAUUCGUUUUACCAAAUCAGUGUGUCAAUUCAUUUUAGGAUGACCCAGUUAAAAGGCUGUAUAAGGUAAAAGCAUAAACAGAAAGUGACUAACUGUAAGUUGGGAUCGCAAAAUUACAUUUGUCCAGAAAUGACCAAGAUGGGGUCCAUAAUUGACUCAAGAAUAGACUAUAAUGGGGUAGGGACACUGAAAGGUCGACGGCACAUACAGCAAAAAUUGACCAAGUACAGCCAAGCUUCCCUGGGCUGUACACCAAUUAGCCUGUUUCAGGCUUCGAGAUAGUCGGGUUCGCGAACACGAACUAAAACGGGAAGAACCUUUUUCCUUUUUCCUGUCCCGCCAACUUUUCGAGCACCUUUCACUUUCGCGUCUUCCUCACUAUCUGAGAGCCUGGAACAGGCUAUUAACCAAUGCAUAGCACAAUCUGAACCAUAUCCAGGCGGACACCAAAAAAGGUUCAGGACAAAAGUAUCAAUAAAAGAAGUUGACUACAAAUAAAGGUACAGUGCGGACACAGGAGAGCCUGUCGUACAUCAGUACGUAUAUCGUUCUGUCUGAAAUGGUCAAGACGUAAAGACGUUUCCGAUGUGGAGCCCUGGUCAUAACAGGUUAGCAGAAGAGUGAAUGCAUGGACUGUCCACCGGGACAGAAAAGAUGGCCGUUAGUAACGUUUCAAUCUUAGUUUCUUUAGUUCAAAUUAUGAUUGUGUACUGUGGUUGUUUAAAGGUGAUGUUUCACGGGACGUUUCGCAAUGACAAUUUUCAGCGCACCACAGCGUUACCACAUUGUUGUUACAUUGCAUCGAAUGGUUGCAACAUUGUUCCAACAUUGCAACGCUGUGUUGCGCUUAAAAUAGUCGUUGCAAAUCGUCUCGUGUAACAUGACCUUAAUUUGACAUUCAGGUACAUCAAAGAGCUGGAAAAUCACGCAGCGAGCCUGCAAUCCCUGGUUUUGACCUGCAUAAACCUGCACAAAAACAUUACUCCACUCACGUGGACAGCAAAUCAGAUGAUCGCAAACUUAGUGUCCAGUCCUCCCAUUCUACUGGAUCUUCAGAGAAAAAACCAAGACGGACUUCACGAGCAACGCAAAGCACGCCUUUGAAUGAGGUAUGGCUAAAGGCCGUUGGGUAAUUAACCUAAAUUUAUGGUGUUUUUCCAGAAUCUCAGACGCACAUACAGGAAAUAACAUUUGUAAUAAUCAAGGUGAAACACAUGAAUAAGUCCAGCGUUCAAGCCGAUCGUAUAUUGACCCAGUUUCAGUGGCAUGAAACGCUAAGAAGAAUUACUUGGUUACUCUCGUCAAUGUGUUUCCAGAACUGCACACUAGGAUUUGAAUGCGAAGCAAUGCUUGCUGUUUAGACCCAACUCAUUUUGCCAAACCACACCGUAACCGUUUCUGGUCACUUGAACCCUUUUCACGCGGCGUCCAGAAUAAAUCACCGGAGAAUGAAAAACUUUGGAUUGAAAACUCUUGAGUCGUUCUCAAGUUUUUCAUUGCAAAGCUAAAGAUGCAGAAUGUUUUGUUUUUAUGCAAAAUGGUAACCGCGUGAUUAACGUUCGCUGUAAAGGUAUAUGAUCAAACUAGAAAAGCAAAUGAUAUACCAGAAACUUUGUUUAACGUUCGCUUUCAUUUCAAGAGCAAAAAAGCGCUUUUUCCCCGCUCCCAGUUUUUCUUGCUUCUCUUCCUCUUUUUUGCCCUUUUGGUUAGGCUUUUGCUAGGCUGCAUUCCUGCAGAAGUUUUGGCUAAACCCGCUAGUAGUAAAAUGACGUCAUCAUCGUGACAUGGGGUAAAGCCAUGAACAUAGCCUUUGAUUAUGAUAAGAAGAAACUUUGAUACGAGUUCUCUGUUUUUCUUUGCUACUUUGUUUUCAGCUGGAGAGUUUGUUUUCCAAUCCUUAUUAUGUUAAACCUCAAAGACCAUCAGUAUCUAGUCUGUAUGGUCCGGGCGGAGGAGAUAGAAACAAUUCUUACGAGGUAACUAAAUCAUUUUCUGGCCUAUAACCUGUACCGGCUGUUCAUGAGAUUGUGGGGACGGCCUAACGAGAUGUGAGUAGGAAAAACAGCGAGGGAGGGGUGGGGUUGUGGGUGAGAGAAAAGGAACCCGCUCGUCUCUCGCUUUUAUUCUACUUAGUUUUUUCUGCUCUUUGACUUCGCACCGCAUUCCACUAUCUGAGGCUUUGAACAGGCUAUCUAGUCUAUAAAAGGUCUUAAGUACUUAACUAUAAAAAAUACUACUUACCAUGUCUUGAGUAUUGGGAGCUUACUAAAAACGCUGUUACCCUUUUUUUAUCAGCGAGCUUAUAAACGAUGUUCCAGAAACAACUUUACGCGACGGCACAGAAAAGGGGGUGGGGGGGGAGGGCCCAGAAACCUUUUUGUUGUUAGCAAAUGUAAAGUUCAAACUGUCCUCUGCUUUUGUCUCUGUUGUAGACGGUUCAAGGUUCAAGAACAUCUUCCCGCAAUACAGAAGAAACCAUGCUCUGAGCUGUGUAACAGCUGUACGGUGAUGUUUUGAACUAAAGCUACGUAAACAGCGAUGGCAAGCUUCACAGUUUGAGUGAGAAUGAGAAGAAGCAUGGCCACAAGACUAUUUGUGGCUUAGGUCAGACUUGAGGAUGUUGAUAACGGAUAUGAAAAUAUGGUCCUAAAAUAUGCCUACUGGCUUAACUUGAACUUCAUAAAUGCCUGAUAAAAAUGAACAAAGCC